UCUUUGAUCCGUCUGUCCGUUUGCUGUCAGUGUGUGCAGCCACAGACUUAUGGUAGCCAUGGAGUGGGUGAAGAAAAACAAAAAGAGGAUCGUUAUUGGUGUCUUGGCUGUAUCGAUUGUGACGUUAAUCCUCGGUCUUGGACUUGGCCUAGGACUCGACUUGCAGAGAUGUAGAAACAAAGUCAACACCUCCUGCAGAAACAGAUGCUAUGAGCCCUUUGACGAUGACGUUCCUGGCUGCAGAUGUGACACAAACUGCAUGUCCACAAACAGCUGUUGCUAUGACUACCAUGACACCUGCACCGUUGCAACCCAGCAGUGGCAAUGCACAAAGCUGCGCUGCGGUGAGAAGAGGCUGACCGAGAGCAAAUGUCACUGCUCUGACGACUGUCUCGCUUCAGGAGACUGCUGCACAAACUACAAGCACAUCUGCCACGGAGAGACGGAGUGGGUGGAGGACAAAUGUGAGGACCUAUCAACGGCUUCAUGUCCAGCAGGCUUUAAGCAACAGCCGCUGCUCCUUGUAUCGUUGGAUGGACUGAGGGCUGACUACCUGGACACGUGGAGCUAUCUCGUACCUGUUCUGGACAAACUGAAGAACUGUGGAACAUCAGCACCAUACAUGCAGGCAGCAUUUCCAAGCAAGACUUUUCCUAAUCACUACACACUUGUAACGGGUCUCUACCCAGAGUCAAAUGGUCUAAUUGACAACUUUAUGUAUGACCCAGUGUUUAAUGCAACUUUCAGCUUGUCCAGUCCUGAGAAAGAUAACCCUGCCUGGUACUACGGACAACCAAUUUGGCACACAGCGAGGUACCAGGAACUGAAGUCCGGGACCUUCUUCUGGCCAGGGUCGGAUGUCAAAAUCAACGACAGCUUUCCCAACCUUUACCAACCCUACGAUGGCAAAGUGCCAUUUGAAGAACGAGUAUUUACGGUGCUUCAGUGGUUGCAGCUGCCGGAUGAUCAAAGACCAGAUUUCUACACAUUAUAUCUAGAGGAACCAGAUAAAUCUGGACACAGCUUCGGUCCGGUCAGCGGAGGGGUGGUGGUGUCACUUCAGGGUGUGGAUAAGAUCAUUGGGCAACUCAUGAAUGGCCUCAAGCAGCUUGGUCUCCAUCGCUGCGUCAACGUCAUCAUUGUUGCUGAUCACGGUAUGGAAGAAAUGAGCUGCGACAGGAAGGAGGCGAUGCAGGAAAUGGUGGGAGACACCAGCACUUAUUUCGUUAUCGAGGGGCCGUUUGGACGAAUCAGGGCGAAGAACCCGGACACAGUCUUGGACUCGGCUGGACUUGUGGCUAACAUGACUUGUAAGAAAAAAGACCAAAAGAUCAAGCCAUACCUGAAAGCCAACUUGCCGAAGCGCCUCCACUUCGCCAACAGCCGACGCAUUGAAGACAUCAGUAUCUUGGUUGAACCAAAAUGGCUUUUUGAGAGAAAUCCAGGAUCGCUCCUAUUCUGCUCCGCUGGGAAUCACGGCUAUGACAACGAUGUAGAGAGCAUGCUAGCCAUGUUUCUCAGUUAUGGACCCAAGUUUAAGUACCGGAGUAAGAUUGAACCCUUCUCUAACAUUGAGCUAUACAAUAUCAUGUGUGAUGUGAUGGGAAUCCAUCCCGCUGACAACAAUGGGACGCACGGAAGUAUGAAUCAUGUUCUGAGGGAGCCCCACUACGAGCCCACACGCCCUGCAGAGCAGAGUACGCCCGCUCAGUGCCCACUACUCAGCCUGGACCCUGAAGACGCCCUGGGGUGCUCCUGCCCAGCCUUGGAUGGAAGUGCCAUCAACAGUCGUUUGAAUCUUACUGCAGAGGAACUAUCUGCUGCAGAGAAGAAGCACAUGCUGUUUGGUCGUCCCAAGCUGCUGCAGCCUGACCAGCGCUACUGCAUCCUCCACCAAGAGGGGUUUGUCAGUGCCUACAGCCAUCAAGUGUUUAUGCCUCUAUGGAGCUCCUUCACAAUUGAGAAGCCAACUGACUUGGAUCCAUUGCCGCCAGUGAUUACAAACUGCCUGAGGGCUGACGCACGUCUGUUGCCAUCACAAAGUCCCACGUGUGAUCAGUAUGACGCCGCUGGAAACCUGAGCCCUGCCUUCUUGUACCCACCCAAUCUUAACAUUACAGUGGACCAGCAGUAUGAUGCGUUGCUGAUGAGCAAUGUAGUUCCAAUGUACCCAGGAUUUAAGAGGAUCUGGGACUACUUGCACAACACGUUACUGAAGAAAUAUGCAUCUAUAUACAAUGGCAUCAAUGUGGUAACUGGCCCCGUCUUCGAUUACAACUAUGACGGCCGUUAUGACAGUCUGGAUCAGAUACAGCAGUCUGUUCCUGGUACCAACAUUUCCAUCCCCACACAUUACUUUGUGGUGUUGACCAGCUGCAGCGACUCAGCUCAGCAAGUCAGCACCUGCGCGGAGAAGCUGCAGACGGUGUCCUUUCUGCUCCCCCACAGAGAAGACAACUCUGAAAGUUGCAAGAGUGCGGAGGAUGAAUCUCUCUGGGUGGAAGAUCACAUGUGGUUUCACCAGUCUCGAGUGAGAGAUGUCGAGUGGAUCACAGGACUGGACUUUUACCAGGGCAGCAUCCGUCCACUCCCAGAGUUGCUGAUGGUGAAAACUCGCCCCACAGCGGCCAUUCGCAGAAAACAAUGAUAAAUCAAUUUAUACCCACACACACAAAAUCAGUUUUAUCACUGUGUCAGCAGAAGAAUGAAUGUAUCUCUAUCUAUGUAUCAAGGUAGUAAUGUUAUUUAUUUACCUCUUACAUUGUUAUUACCAUUUAAUCAUAUUACAUUCUUGUUGCAUUAAGGAUGUUUUGAUUUAUUUUGCUAAUGUUAAAGAGCGGAACCAGAUGUGAACAAUAUUUUUUUAUGAAUUUGUGAUGAACAUGUAACUUUAUUUUCAGAGACUAUUUGUUUUUUUAAUGUCUGAGAGAGGCAUUUCUAUUAUUUGGGUUAAGUAACUAGUAGAGGUUUGCUCAAUUUCAUACCACUUUCUGAAAAGACAGAAAAGCAAAAUUGAAAGCUGAGAAAAC